AUGAACAGAAUACAAGGAGACCAUGCCAGUCCUGUGCCACCAGGAGAACAAGACACAGGACUAACGUUAGCAAAAGCAUAUGAGUUCUUUCAGGUUUGUGAUCUGGAAGGCAAAGGCUUCAUCAUUUGUCAAGAUAUUCCAAGACUGCAUUGUCAGUUACCUCUGAGCCUGGAAGAGCUUGAAAAAGCUUUUGUUACGUUAGAUGCUGAUGGCAAUGGCUCACUUACACUAAAGGAAUUCACCACAGGAUUCAGUGACCAGUUUCUCAUAGAGCAGAUUAUUUUGAAUAAGGAGAUGAUGCAGCAGUCAGAAGGUGAAACAGCCUGCCAACCUAAAUGUGAAGAGAGCAUGAGUGAUGAUGAGGAUGAAGAAUUCCAGUUCUCAAAUCUGAUGGAUUGACUUGGAGCUAAGAAGAUUUGUGAUGAUGAGAAUGAUGUGAAACAACUUUGGUUGCAGCUGAGAAAAGGUGAAUCUCAUUUACUUUCCAGUUUUGAAGAGUUCCUCGUCAGAUUUUUUUCCCAGUUCCAAGAAGCAGAUAAUGAAAAGAACAAGUUUGAAUGCACUCUAAAAAAUUUUUUCAUCUCAGUUAACAAGUCUGAUUUUAGCCUCCAGACAGCUAGGCAACUGGAAAAGUAUGAGUUGGAGCAGCAAUGUACAGAACUUCUCAGUAGCUAAGAAGAAAUCAAAGUAGAGAACACCAAGCUGAAGCAGACUAACCUGGAGCUGCAGAGAGACCUGAAGAGAAAGUCUCACAAACUAUGCCAUGCUCAAAAACAGUGACAGGUGUUUCAGAAGGAGGCAUCAAGUCUACAUGAGGAGAAGGAAAUAGAAGUACACCGAGUGACAGAAACUUUGCAGAGACAAAAGGCAGGACAUCUAAAGCAGAUGGAUUUUUUUAAGGAUUACAAUUUAAUUUUCUAUGAACGCAGUGCAUAUUCUGAGUAUAAUAUCAAGAAGUCUGUGCUUCACUUAGCUAGGAUUUUAAAGGAACACAAAGAUAAAGUGAAAGAGAAAACCACUGAACUUCAAGCUGAUACGAAUAAACAGUCUUGCUGUGUCAGGCCAUAA